GGCCCCUCCUGCUGACUCCACACCGCUGCUGAUGGUGAGCCCAUUCACCGACAGAGGAUUUUGGAGGCGAGAGCCACAGGCUAUAAGCUCCCUCAUCCAUUCCAGCGGCUGACCUGCGCUGAACCCAGUGGCAUCUUGCACCUCUCAUCCAGCGGCACACCUCAGUCUCCGCUCCGGGGUUAAUUUUUUUGGGCAGUCGGAGGGAAAAAUAAGGGAUGCGCGCAGGGUCCUUGAACGCCACAAAGAAGUUCACGAGGCUGACUGAAAGAAGAGGACUCUCCUCCUGUUGAUUCAGCUCCUCUUUUCACAUUUCAGGAAUAUUGCAGGAGCACACUUCUCACCUCUAUAUGGCAAAGUUCCUGGCUGAAUUACUGGGAUGCACACUUCCAGACAAGGGAACUCCUCCUUUGUUCGAGUGUCGGAGCCAACCUCAUCUCAGACUGAGGCCUUCUUCUCAACAGCGGCCAGCUAUUUUUGGGACAUUAAGCAAUGACAGAGCACCGUUUGACAACAGACUGGACAACAUGCCUCAGACACCACCGUUUUCAGGGCAGCUGGGCACCGGCAGCUACAACAAGAACCUGUACCAGACCAAGGAGGAAGGCUACCCCGGCCUCUAUUAUCAUGACAACAACCUUGUGUCUGGCUCCUUGGAGGCCCUCAUUCACCACUUGGUCCCAAAUGUAGACUAUUAUCCAGAUAGGACGUACAUCUUCACCUUCCUGCUCAGCUCUCGACUCUUCAUCCACCCGUACGAGCUCAUGUCCAAGGUGUGUCACCUGUGCAUGGAGCAACAGCGACUCAGCGAUCCCCAAGCUGACAAGAUGAGAGUUAGGAAGAUUGCGCCAAAGAUCCUCCAGCUAUUGACAGAAUGGACGGAAACCUUCCCAUAUGACUUCAGGGACGAGAGGAUGAUGCGUAGCCUGAAGGAGCUGACCCACCGGCUGGCCAGUGGAGACGAAGUUUACAGAAAGGCAGUCAGCCAGAUGAGCCAGGGCCUGAUCAGGAGGUUGACGGUGCUCAGUCAGUACGAGGAGGCGCUGAUCAAGAUCAACGCAACGGCGGCCGAACGGCUGACGGCUCUUAAAGCGAAGCCCCAGGCGGCCAUCCAGAGAGACAUGCUGUCCAUUUGCAACGACCCCUUCACCGUCGCCCAGCAGCUCACGCACAUAGAACUGGAGAGACUUAGUUACAUCGGACCUGAAGAAUUCGUCCAAGCCUUUGUCCAGAAAGACCCACUGGACAACGAUAAGAGUUGCUUCAGUGAUCACAAGAAGGCCAGCAAUCUGGAAGCUUACGUUGAAUGGUUCAACAGACUCAGUUAUCUGGUGGCCACAGAGAUCUGCAUGCCUGUGAAGAAGAAGCAUCGAGCAAGAGUCAUCGAGUUCUUCAUCGACGUGGCGCGAGAAUGCUUCAACAUCGGCAACUUUAACUCCCUCAUGGCCAUCAUAUCUGGGAUGAACAUGAGUCCCGUGUCUCGGUUGAAGAAGACCUGGAGCAAAGUCAAGACGGCCAAGUUUGACAUCUUAGAACAUCAAAUGGAUCCUUCGAGCAAUUUCUACAACUACAGAACGGCGCUCAGAGGAGCCACGCAGAGGUCGAUCACGGCCAACAGCAGCAGAGAGAAGAUUGUCAUCCCUUUCUUCAGCCUGCUCAUAAAAGACAUCUACUUCCUCAACGAGGGCUGUGCCAACAGGCUGCAGAGCGGACACAUCAACUUUGAGAAAUUCUGGGAACUCGCCAAACAAGUUAGCGAGUUCAUGACUUGGAAGAAGGUGGAGUGUCCCUUCGAGAAGGAUCGGAAGAUCCUGCAGUACCUGCUGACUGCUCCAGUGUUCACUGAAGAUGCUUUAUAUCUGGCGUCGUACGAGAGCGAAGGUCCUGAGAACAACAUGGAGAAAGACAGAUGGAAGUCUCUGAGAUCCACUCUGCUAAGCAGGGUCUAAACCUCUAAGCUAAAGAUACUAGAAUGAAGACAAACCCCCCCUCCACCCCCCGACAAGUGAGCUGUUCUCAGUCAACGUCGCUGUUGUUGUCCAAACGAAGUAUCCCCAUGUUGGAAGGGAAACGACAAUCUCUACUUUGGCUGGCGAGGACCCUUUUGUGUUCCCCCCCAGCUUCAGAUUUCUAUUAAGCUCGGCUUUUCCUUAUCCUCUCGCUCUAUGUGCUGUAUAUUUCAGGACAGCUGUUUUUUUCAUCUCUUUGUAUGACUUUGUAGUCUUUUUUUAAAAAAAAGAAACUCUACAAACCUUCACUGUAAAAGCCAAGGGAUGUGCUUUUCUCUUGUCCGAAGCAUUUUGCCCUGAUAAACCUUCUGUGAGCGUUAUACGGAGUCGUUGGGGUUGUUUGUUCCCCCCUCGGCAGUUUUCAACAUGUUUUUUUCCACUGAAGCUACAAGUUAGCUGCUGGUUAGCUAACUCAACAGACACGCUACUCUAUCUCUCUCUCUCUCUGGUUCCAUAAGCCAGCAUUCUCUGUAUGGAGAACUUCAAAAAAAAAAAAAAAAAAAACGUACCUGCAACACUGUUGUUUAUCAUGAAGCUAGCCAUUAUUUGUAGUUUAUUUGUUAUGUUCGUCUCCUUCCUUUUUGUACGAUACCUGUGUAUCUCUUCAGCUUCAUGUUUCUAAAGGUUUUUGAUGUGUAAGAGAAAAAAAAAAUGCGCUGGCUGCAUUUUAAAAGAAGAUGUAAUUGGUUUUGUUUUGUUUGUGUUGUAUAUCGUUUUGUGAUUCGCUAAACCCAGAAAGCACCACUUCCUCGCGGUUUAUCGAUGGCACACUCAAGGUCUCAGUACGCUUCGGUCGCUAAGGGCUCAUCGGAUGAUCCAACAGCGUCUGAAAGCUCUUUUCCUCUUGGAAUUGAGGUUUGAGACGAUCUGACACGCGCUUAGUUUGAAGCGUACUGAGGCCUUCUGCUCUGAGCUUAAAUACAAGGUGUGAUGAUCGUAUGUUUCCUCUUGUUCCUGAUAAUCAGUGUUAAAACAGCCCAUCCUGCUGCGGAGAAGAUGAACCGGGCUGUGUGUGGGCUGCUUUUUGGGUUAACAUGCAUCCAUUCCCCCCUUUUUGUUUCUGUUCUAGUGUAGAAAAUCAGUGUGGUUGUGCUGCCCCCUGGUGGUUUGGUCAGAAAAGUGAAUGGAUUUUGUGUGGUUGAAUAAUGUGAACUGAGGAUUUCUGUUUUAAACCCCCCCCCCCCAAAACACACACACAUGCUGAAUAAUAUCCUUUUUUAUUUUUCAUAUUAUUAAAAGUAAAAGUUUCCUCCAUAUCUUUUUAUUUAUAAAUCUAUUUGUGUAGUCAUUAUGUCCUCAUGCCAAUAUCUACUAUUGUUUUUAUUGUUAUUUAAUUUUGUACUCGGUACAUAACAUGCUUAAGUAGUCCUCAGAUAUUGGCUUAACUAUUUUUUUUAUACACGUUUGUAUGAGACACUUAUUUUUCAAGGUACUAGCUCAGAGUAUGAAGUUAAAUAUUUUUUGACUGACGUCUGCUUUGCCUUGACAGCUUCUCCCUCAACACAGAGUGCUGUUGUGGUUUUAUUGUGUACAUACUGUAUGUUUUGCUUUCCUUCCUGUGUUCAUCCAUUUGUAUUUGGACUGUUAAAAUGGAAUAGAGGAACAGUUUAUAAAUGAGUUAGUUGUGUUUUAAAAGAGAAAGUUAAUAAAAGAAUGUUUAAAAUGA